AUGUCCCAACAGUCCUCACCGCACCAAUUCCCAUCUUCACUAUAUCGUAUUACUGAACAGAUUCUUAACCGAAAAGACACCAUGGACAUGUAUGACGGCCAGGAAGAGGACGACAAUCUUGUAUGGGACAAGAACGAUGAAACUGUUGAGGUGGCACAGCAGCAAAUGCGAUUGAAGACCUUCUGUCGCAAAGUUGAAGGGUUCGUCCAACAGAAGUUUGGCAGGCCAGCAAUACUCAUCUCACCACUGAUGAUGGGAGGGUUCAUGUCCUUUACCGGAUGCAUUCUGCCAUCCCAGGACAAGACGUAUAUGACGGCUGACGAGUGGUAUACCACCUUGGCGGAAAUGCAUAUCGCGCAACUCAUCUUCCAGCAAAACGAUCUUGUUACGUCUACAGAGGACUGUCGGAACAGGCUAUGGGGCGAUGACUUUCGAACAGGCAACAUCCUUCUCAACGAGUCCGAUGAUAUAGCUGCUCUUAUUGACUGGGAGUAUACAUACGCUGGGCCUACACAAUUCUUCCUCGAUCCUCCAUGGUGGCUUCUCCUCGAGACGGCAGAAAUGUGGUCGCCAGAUCUCGAGCACUGGAGACAAACCUACGAGUCUCGUUUACGCAUUUGGCUUUCGGCGAUAGAGAAAGCAGAAGCCAGCAUGGGCGCAUCAGCCUAUAAAAAUUUUGCAGUGCCACUAUCCAGGUAUAUGCGCGAAAGUUGGCAAACGGGACGCUUCUUUCUAAGCUACGCGGCCCGCAAGAGCUGGGCAUUUGAUGCUAUGUACUGGAACUUUCUAGAUGAGAGGUUCUUUGGAGAUCGAGAUCCUGGCGUGGUGAAAGGCGAUCUCUGGAAGACACGGAUUGACUUGUUGAGUGAUGAUGAGAGGGCUGCCAUGGAGCCCUUUGUGCAGAGGAAGAUGGCUGGGGGCAAGGAAAGGCGUAUCGUAGAAUGGGAUGAGACUGAGGCACAGAGGCGUUUUUCUGAGCUCCUGUUCAACUAG